UUCUCUCUCAUCCUUCUCAUGUUCCAUUUUAUUUAUUCUCUCUUCCUUCUCGACUCCGGACAUGUCUUUGUCACUUUCCCGGGAAGCUUUUGAAUCCUCUGAUCGGCGUCCAUGGCGUGGGCGUUCAGUUUCGGCGCCCAGAUGUUACUGGUUUUUUCUGUUUUCUUUCUCUCCGGCGGGCUGAGAAGUGGUGAUGCAUCUUCGUUUAAGUUCAGUAUUCACCAUCGAUUUUCGGAUGCGGUUAAGGGGAUUAUCGACUCUGAAGGCUUGCCGGAGAAACAUUCUCCUGAAUAUUAUGCGACUUUGGUCCACCGUGAUCGGUUAGUACAUGGCCGGCGAUUGGCCGCUAGUAAUGGUAGUAAGGAGCUGACGUUCGCUGGUGGUAACGCUACCUACUUAAUGGUCAAUGCUGGAUUUUUGUUGUACGCCAAUAUUUCGAUCGGAACGCCUGCGCUAGAUUUCUUUGUGGCGUUGGACACCGGAAGCAAUUUGUUCUGGUUACCGUGUGAAUGCCGCAGUUGUCCUACUUCAACGCCUAGUGGGAAGGUUCCGUUCAAUCAUUAUAGUCCAAAUGCUUCAAAAACGAGCUCAACUGUUCCCUGCAGCAACGCAUUGUGCGAGCUUUCAAACAAAUGCACUUCAAACCAAAAUACUUGUCCUUAUAAAGUUAAAUACGGGGCUGGCAAUGAAUCGUCGACUGGGUACUUGGUAGAGGACGUAGUGUCCUUGAUCACUGAUGAUUCACAACUUAAACCCGUUAAGGCGAAGAUUACUUUUGGGUGCGGUAAGGUCCAGACUGGUAGAUUUGCAAGACAUGCAGCUCCCAAUGGUCUUAUUGGGCUUGGCAUGGAAAGGAUAUCAGUUCCAAGUUUCUUAGCUAACCAAGGUCUUAUCUCUGAUUCAUUCUCCAUGUGUUUCGGACAUGAUGAACUUGGGAGAAUCGAUUUUGGGGACACAGGCACACCAGACCAAAAAGAAACACCCAUCAAUUCAAAUCCCAGCUUUCCACACUAUAAUGUCACCAUCACUCAGAUAAUUGUGGGAGAAAAAACCAACGAUGUUCAAUUUACUGCAAUUUUCGACGGUGGUGCCUCGUUUACACACCUAGCUGAACCAGUUUACUCUCUUAUUUCCGAGCAAAUAGAUUCAGGGAUCCAGUUAAAGCGCUUUUCAUUUGGUCCGGAUUUCGCAUUUGAGUACUGCUACGAAUCUCCGUCUUUAUAUGCAGAAACCAUCGAUUGUCCGGUGGUUAAUUUUACGAUGAAGGGUGGAGAUGAUUUUAUCCCUCUGGGUCAGUUCCUUACCCUUUCGAUUGAUGAUGCAGAUACUAGACGUGCUUUUUGUCUAACGAUUGUCAAAAGCACUAGUAUUAAUAUAAUUGGAAUGGACUUCAUGGCUGGUUAUCGUAUUGUCUUCAAUCGUGAAAAGAUGGUGUUGGGCUGGAGUCCUUCAGACUGUUACGACAAUGGCGCUGGCACUCCCUACGGCUAUACCACUCCAUUUGACUCCCCUCCGACCGACAAAUCUCCACCGUCCGAUGAUUCUCCUCCGGCGCCUGUUACCCCAGGAGGAAGCACCGGCUUGCCGAAUAUUGAGGUGGGUGUUGCAACGCGGUUGAACCCACUGACCUCCGUCUUCGUCGCCGUUCUUGCAAUCUUGGCUGUUGUUGGACUAUCAUAAUUAUUCUUUGGUUUUCAUGGUUUAGUUCUGAUUUAUUUUGUGUAUUUUUUCUCUCUUAAAAUUAUAAUUUAAAAUGGACUAUGUA